CACAGGUGAAACGCCGUCGUUUAAUUCAACGCACGCGACACAGCACAACUGCACAAAACGACUUCACCAACGUUACGCGGACCCCGUCCGAGUCAGACCAGCGAGUCAACAAUGACUCGAACAAGCUUCAGCUCCACCACCUCUCCCUCCCAAAAUUUUCCCCACAAAAUCUAGCUCCCAGGAAUUCCGUCUUUGUCGUUCGUCAACGAUACCAUACGUUUUCUCACUGCGACUGGUGAUGGAUCGGAGAAGAACUGAUAGUCCGGUUUAUGCGCGCCAGUGGAGCGUCGAUUCCAGUAGCACUGGCUCCUCGUCGCCGGUCAUGUCCCCGGCUCAUCCUAACUCGCGUCUCGGUCCCUCCGCCACCAUGAAGCAUCGUAACGUUGCCGCGAAAGCGGCCGCACAACGUCUUGCUCAGGUCAUGGCUUCCAGGACGGCCUUUGACGACGACGACGACGACGACGACGACGAAGACGACGAUGAUCUCGUGUUCCGUGCUCCGAGGCGUCCUUCUCUCUCUUCUCACUCCAACAACGGUACCAGCAGUAAGAACGGCUUCAGUUCCAUGGCCAUCCCUCCGAUUUCUGCCUCUAGGCCUAAUAGAUCUCCAUCUCCUGCGUUAGGUCGGAAUUUCUGGGACCAUAAUGUUUCAGUACGUUCAACAUCAGCUGGAAGGCCGGCAGUGUCCGUACGUUCAACAUCGAUAGUGCCACCAAGUAAAUCCACAAUUCAAACUCCGAUGGCUGUACCUCCAAUUGAUCCUCCCAAUAGAACUAGAGACAAAAGGUUUCCAUUAGAUAUCAGGCAACAUAAGCCAACAGAUAGCGGGAAUCAACGUGAAGCUUCUGCACUCCGUGAUGAACUCGAUAUGCUACAAGAAGAGAAUGAGACCAUAUUAGAGAAGCUAAGAUAUACAGAGCAAAAACGAGAGGAGGUAGAAGCUAGAGCCAGGGAGCUUGAGAAACAGGUUGCUUCUCUUGGAGAAGGUGUAUCCAUGGAAACCAAAUGGGUGGCUAGGAAGGAAGCUGCUCUGCGUCAAAGAGAGGCUGCUCUAAAGGCUGCCCAACAAGUGCAGGGUGGGAGAGAGGAGGAAAUGAAUGCUCUUCGUGUUGAAAUUCAGAACCUGAAAGAUGAUACUGCAGCUGCUGCAGAACAACAGAAAGAAGCUGAAGUGGAGGCAAAAGCACUCCGCACAAUGACACAGAGAAUGAUUUUGACCCAAGAAGAAAUGGAGGAAGUAGUUCUGAAAAGAUGCUGGCUUGCUCGCUACUGGGGUCUUGCUGUAAAACAUGGCAUAUGUGCAGAUGUAGCAAUAUCCAAGCAUGAAUAUUGGUCUUCUCUAGCUCCUCUUCCUUUUGAAAUUGUCAUCUCUGCUGGACAAAAAGCUAAGGAGGAAUCUUGGAACAAAAGUUCUGAUGAUCCAGAUCCAGAUAGAAGUAAACCUGUUCGGGAUUUGAGCGAUCUUGCUGGGGAAGGAAACAUUGAGAGCAUGCUUUCGGUGGAGAUGGGUUUGAGGGAGCUUGCUUCACUUAAGGUUGAAGAUGCUGUUGUGCUUGCAUUAGGCCAACACAAACGUCCAAAUAUUGUCCGACAUUCCAUUUUAGAUUCCAAAUCACCAGGUGAUCCCAAAUUUGUGGAAGCAUUUGAAUUAAGUGAUGAGGAAGCAGAGGAUGUUCUUUUCAAAGAGGCCUGGCUAACGUAUUUCUGGAGAAGAGCUGUGAUCUUAUGUGGUUCUGAUGUCUGAAGAGGCUAAACAUGUUAAUAAUGUUCUCAAGUUAAUAAUUAAGUAGUCUUGAAAGAACAACGUGAUGAUAUUUCAUAUGAAACUCACGCAUUCUGCUUCAUUACAGUUGAGCGAGGUUUGCUGGAGUUGAGGAAGCUGGGUAUAGAACAACAACUAUGGGAAGCUUCUCGGAAGGAAAUCGAUCAGCCACCAAGAUUGGCCGUUGAUAGCCAUCAGCCACCAGGAUUAGCAGUUGAUAGUGAUAAGCUUUCCGUCAAGUCGGAUGAAUCGUCCUGAUUGUGGGAGCACUUUAAUUUUUUAUUCAUUCUUGACACAUGUAUAUUAAUGUUUUCUUCUUUAUAUCCUUUUCUUUUUGUGCUGGGCAUCCUGAUAUCUUCUGUCUUAUAUAAAUGAAUAAUGACAUCGACAGAAGGACUUGGAGCUGAAUUUUGCAGCUAUCAAUCAAAAUUUUCCGUAGUCUCAUAAUAUACAUAAUACAUUAUACA